CAAAAAAAACAACGGAGUAAAUGUCCUUCUGCAAUAAAGUUGCUGUCUCUAACUUAUUUAUUGAAUUAUAGAAUGAAAAUAAGUGUUUUUAACUGGUUAGCUAUCUAAGAUUGCUAGCCAAUCACUUAUCUUUCAAAUCGUUCAUAUAAACAAUCGCCCUGCAUAAGAAUCAGAGAGGUAAUGCCAGAAAGAUGCCGUCGACUUCAAGGUCGCGGGGUUCGAGCGGAGGGCCGCACGGCUCCCCGCGGACCUCCCUGGCCUCCGGGCCCAUGUCCGAGCGACAGCAACUGGCCCUCGUCAUGCAGCUAACAUCGCAGAAACCAGUGCCAACUGCUACAACUCCCACUGAAGAGAGGAAACGCAACAGACAGCAGAGGAAUGAACGAGGUGAAACCCCCCUGCACGUCGCCGCCAUCAAGGGAGACCACGAUCAGGUGAAGAAGCUUCUGGAUCAAGGUCAAGAUCCCGAUCUCCCUGAUUUUGCUGGUUGGACUGCUCUACACGAAGCCUGCAGCUACGGGUGGCACCAGGUUGUGGAGGUACUCGUUGAAGGAGGUGCUAAUGUCAACGCAAAGGGCCUCGAUGAUGACACACCUUUGCAUGACGCAUCAACAUCAGGGAACUUAAAGAUGGUCCAAUAUUUGAUAGACCACGGUGCAGACCCUUUUGUAAAGAACACAAAAGGCAAAAUGCCUGCUGACUAUGCUGCUCCACAUAUCCAGACCUACUUGCAGUCAUUAAAAGAUAACGCAAAAGGCACAAACGUCGCGCGGGCGAGGGAUGAUAGUGGCAAGAAAGGCGGCAAUGCGAGUGCUACUGGCGGCAUGGAGGGAGGCAAGCGCAGCAGCAUGGAUGGCCUAGCACAGGACCACGAGAAAGACGGGGCAGCGCCGGAGAAAGCCACCGAGGGUAAAGAUGAAGGUCACAACAACCAGCUGAGCAGCGGAGUAGUCUCCUCAUCUCAAGAUGAGGCUGGCCCGUCGAAGAGGCCCUUAUACGAGGAUGGCGAUGCUGAAGCCGAAGAAGACGGGAAUAAAAAGAAGAAACGCAAAGACAAUGAAGAAAAGGAGCCAAUGGCUAAGCCAGCAGCCCCCGUGGCCAGGGGAUCCACUGGAAGGAUCCUAACUGGAACAAAGCCGCCUGGUCCGGCGAGCAAGACAGGGGCCACGCCGCUUGGCAAGAGUGCUAGUCAAGGGAGCAGCAAAGGAUCCUCAGUGUCGUCAAACAAGAAUACACAAGCUAGUCAGAAGGGCAGCGGCUCCGGAGGCAAGGCCAGCUCUCAGGGUGCACACCAGGGCAAGUCGAGCGGCGGCGGCAAAGGCUCGUCCCACUCGUCGGCCAAGCCGGACCGCAAGUCGCCCGUGGCCAGCCCCAAGCCGAGUCAGGCCAAGGACGACGACGACGAGAAGAGCGAGUCCUCGGAGCCCAAGGUGCCUCCGCUGAAGAUUGUGAUACCAGGCGGCGCGGGCGGCGCGGCCGGUCGCAGCGAUCAGGAAGGAGAAGGCGGCAGUGGUCAGCGGGGCAGCGGCAAGGGCCGCGGCGGCUGCGCCACGCUGCCCUACGUCAUCCCCUGCACCAGCACGGACGCGGGGCAGGCUUCAGACAGUUCUGAUGGCAACUCGGAUGAUAAACGCUCCGGGGAAGGCGGUGGUGGGAAGACGGCAGUCCGCGUGCUACGCUCGCACCGCGCGACGGACGACAAGGGCGACAAGGAGCGCGCGUCGCCGCAGACCGGGCCGUCCGCGCUGCACGCCAACAAGUCGCCGCCGCCCGCCGCACAGGGCUGUGACCACGACCACCCGACGUCGACUGUCUCCAGCAGCAGCACCAGCUCGCGCUCCGAUUCCGGCGCCCAAGGCGCAUCAGUGGAGCUGCACCCGCGCAAGCGCAAGAUCAAGGCGUCAAAGGACAGCCACCGCGGCGACCCGCCCAAGUCGGCCGUCGACACGAUCGCCGAGAACACGCCCAACAUCGCCAACUCCAACCCCUACCAGAUGUAUCUGCAUAUAAAGAAACAGAUCGACCGCCGCCAGAAGAGCCUGUUCCCCGUGAAGCCGAAGCCUCCGAAAGACUUCAACAAGUACCUGAUGAACCGGUGCACGUACACGCUGCAGGGCAACGUGAACCCCGAGCCGCAGAUCGAGCUGCCGCCGUCGCUGCCGCCGCAGAUGAAGGAAGAGUUUCUGGCGCAGGAGAAGGAGAGACACCGCGUGAGGGUGCAGCACCUGGUGGAGAAGGAGAAGCUGGUGCUGGCCGUGGAGCAGGAGAUCCUGCGCGUGCACGGCCGCGCCGAGCGCGCCGUCGCCAACCAGGCACUACCAUUCUCCGUGUGCACAAUCCUGCGAGAUUCGGAAGUGUACAACGUGCUAGCGCCGGAGCAAGAGGAGAAGCGUAACGCUCAGCGGUCGCGCUGCAACGGACGCCAGAUCAACUCGUGGCUGCAGGAGGUCGACGACAAGUGGGAGAAGAUCAAGGAAGGCACCUUACGCCGUCAGCACACGGAGGCCGAAGCUUUACACGCCGUGCAACACAUGUCCUGGGAGUGGCGGCUCAAGGAGCUCGGCCUGUGCGACUACAAGACCACGCCCCGCAUUGACCCCACGCAUGUACCACAACUGCACGUGGCGAAUUUUGACUUGCCCGCUUGAAUCUUUCAGUUGUUGUAUUUUGUGUUUGUAGAUGGGACAUUUUGUGUUUUUGUGGGAGUCUAGGGGUGAUACAGUGCAAGAGGUGGUGUAUUUAUAGCGCUCGUUUGACAAAAAGAAGUUUUACAUUUCAUAUUUUUAUUUAAUUCAUAAGGGCAAUUACAGAGUGUAUAAUUGCAUGUGCUAAUAGAUCAUCGCUGAAUGAAUAUUUUAUUGUCCUAUCAUAUUUAUAUCAUGGUCCCAUUAGCAUUGUAGACUUCUUGAACUGUAUUACCUCUAUUACAAUUAACUACCAUUAUUAGAUAGUACACUAUUGGCUUACAACUCAAGCGGUGCAUACUAAAUUAUUAUUUUGACGACUUGAUUAUUUAUUCCUUACGUUACGGAUUGUGAUGUGUGGUACGGUGGCCUGCGCCUAAAAG